AUGGACAAAACUUGGCGCCGUUCCCAUUACAAAUCCCGCUCGGGCUGUGCCGAGUGCAAGCGACGCCGUAUCAAGUGCGACGAGGUGCGUCCUGCCUGCGGCCACUGCGUCAAGUCUGGCAGGGUAUGUCCGUACCGCUCGCCACACAAUGGACUCCCCGGCGGCGUUGUUUCGCGGUCCGGCCCAGCAACCCCGGCCUCAGCAGCAGAAACCGGGCUUGUUCCACGCGACGAGGAGGGGCAGGAGCAGGAGCCCACGAGCAUGGCCGCCGACAUGACGCAGCUCCGUUUGCUCAAGCAUUUUCUAACCGACGAGAGCUUCCGGCCUCUUCUCUCGCCACCGCGCAAAGGCAGCCGUCUGUCGGCCAGCCAGCUGGUCGACAUGGCCAUGGACUGCGAGUACCUCAUGACGGAGAUCCUUGCCGUGUCUGCCACGCACCUGGCCCUCGUGCAGCCGGAUCAGCGGGCGACGCACCGCGCCCACUCGGCGCGGCUGCACGCGCGCGCCGUCGCGCUCUUCUCCGCCGAGGUGGUGCAGGCCGAGGCGCGCAACCCGUGGCUGCUGGCCGUCGUCUUCUUCAGCUGGCUCGUGGGCAUGCGCAUGCAGGGCGACUGGACGCUGGAGGAGGAGACGGCGGCGCGGAGCCGCGUGCUGCCGCGCUUCUUUGAGCUCGUCGAGGUGCUGCGCGGCGUGCGCGCCAUGACCAAGACGGCCUGGAGCGGGCUCACCCAGGGCAGCGAGGACUUCGAGAUCUUGAGCGAGUUUAUGGAGCAGGGACUCGUCCUCUCCACCCUAAAGGGCAAGGGCAACCAGACGGCCCUCGUUCGGCUGCUGGUUCAGGACAGCCUAGGCCUGAGCGACGAGGUCAGGGCCGGCUGCCUAGAAGCCCUGAAUCUGCUCCAGGUUGCCAUAGACGCCAAGCUGGACAGGCGCGCCACGCAAGAUGGUGACUACACGUGCAUGUUCGUGUCCUUCUCGUGGCCUCAGAUGGUCAGCCAGGACUUUUUAGACGCGGCGGGUGCCGGCCGGCCCGAACCUAUGCUCGUCCUCGCCUUCUUUGCCGUACUGCUGCAUUGGUCCCGGCGUAUUUGGGUCUUUGGUGAUACAGGGCAUUGGUUGCUUAACAGCAUCAGCAGUAACAUAGGGCCAGGCUGGGAGCGCUGGCUUCACUGGCCGCAGACUAUGGUUGGCACCUGCGUCCCGUCUAGUCCAAGUCCUGGCAUCUCCGGGGACGUUGUCGAGAACUAG